GUCAACUUCCCAACAAGUUCAGACCUAACCACGCGGGUGCUUCAGUUUGUAGAAGAGAGAAUGCAGACUACUAUGUUAACGGGAAUGGUCAUUGGUGCCGCAGUAGCCCUGUUGCUUAUCGGGACCGUUGUGUAUUUUGUUUUCAGGAAGGUGAAGGAAUCGAAACAACCCCAGCCUCAAGCGCCUCAAUACCGGUUCCGCAAGAGAGACAAAGUCAUGUUCUAUGGCCGCAAGAUCAUGCGGAAGGUGACCACUCUGCCAAACUCUCUCGUUGGAAAUACGGUACCUCGGCAGCGGAUGCGCAAAAGGGCCAAAGUCUUGUCCCUGGCAAAGAGGAUCCUGCGUUUCAAGAAGGAGUCACCAACUCUGCAGCCCAAGGAACCGCCUCCGUCCCUGCUUGAGGCAGACUUAACAGAGUUUGACGUGAAGAAUUCCCACUUGCCCUCCGAAGUCCUUUACAUGCUGAAAAAUGUCAGAGUUCUUGGGCACUUUGAGAAGCCGCUGUUCCUGGAGCUGUGCAAGCACAUGGUCUUUGUGCAGCUGCACGAGGGGGAGUACAUCUUCCGCCCGGGAGAGCUGGACAACAGCAUCUACGUGGUGCAGGAUGGCAAACUGGAAGUCUGCAUCCAGGAGAACGAUGGCACUGAGGUGGUGGUGAAGGAGGUCCUCGCCGGAGACAGUGUGCACAGCCUGCUCAGCAUCCUGGACGUCAUCACGGGCCAUCCGGCCCCAUACAAGACGGUUUCCGCCCGAGCCGCAGUUCCCUCCACCAUCCUCCGGCUCCCGGCCAGUGCCUUUCAGGACAUCUUCCAGAAGUACCCCGAGACACUUGUGAGGGUGGUGCAGAUCAUCAUGGUGAGGCUGCAAAGAGUGACCUUUCUGGCCCUGCACAACUACCUCGGACUGACCACCGAGCUCUUCAGUUCUGAGAACCAGGCCAUCCCACUGGUGUCCGUCGCAAGCGUAACGUCAGGCGCAAACGCCGGGAAAGCGGUGAAGAGGCAGGUGUCCAAUGUGUCUGAGGAGGAGCGGGUGGAGAAGCCGGAGAGGCAGGCGUCCAUCUCGGAGAGCGGGUCCCCGGCUGGUGCAAAACCGGACUUAGGCAUGGCCUGUGAGCGAGCCAGAGGUGCCUCCGUAUCAUCUUCCUCUGAGGGGCUUCCCAGUGCAGCCGCGUGCAAGUCCAUCCUGAAGAAGACGGUGACGGUGACAGAGACGCCUUUAGCCGUCUUCCAUUACACCCAGAACAACCUCUCCACGCAGGAGUCCAGUACCAACAAGCAGGUGGACGCCAUCCUGGAAGCUGCCAAAAAGGACCUUUUAACCUUGAUGAAACUGGAUGACCCCUGUCUUCUGAACGGGAAGGUGACGUUGCAUCAGGUUACUGCUGGGACGGUGGUGUCGCGGCAAGGUGACCAGGACGUCAACAUCCGGUUUGUGAUCUCGGGGAUGUUGCAUGUCUAUCAGCGGAAGAUCGACUCGGAGGAGGAGACCUGCCUGUUCAUCACCCACCCUGGAGAGAUGGUGGGUCAGCUGGCGGCCCUCACCGGGGAGCCCCUCAUCUUCACCAUCAAAGCCAAUCGGGACUGCACCUUCCUGGCCAUCUCCAAGUCCCAUUUCUAUGAGAUCAUGCGGGAGCAGCCAACGGUGGUUCUGGGAGUGGCUCACACGGUGGUCAAGCGCAUGUCGUCCUUCGUCAGGCAAAUCGAUUUCGCUCUGGACUGGAUGGAGGUGGAAGCGGGGCGUGCCGUUUACAGGCAGGGGGACAGUUCGGACUGCACCUACAUUGUGCUGAACGGGCGGCUCCGCUCCGUCAUCAGGAUGGAUGAUGGCAAAAAGCAUCUGGCGGGAGAGUACGGCCGCGGGGACCUGAUUGGUGUGGUUGAAGCCUUAACCCAUCAGCCCCGUGUAACGACAGUGCAUGCUGUUCGUGAUUCUGAGUUGGCCAAACUCCCCGAAGGGGCACUGACCUCAAUCAAGCGCAAAUUCCCGCAGGUUGUCACUCGACUCAUCCAUUUAUUAGGCGAGAAAAUCCUUGGCAGCCUGCAGCAAGGAGGUUCCCCGCUUGGAUUGCAGGCCGCAGGCAGCAAGUGGGACAACAGCAACCCCGCCAGCAACCUCUCCACUGUCGCCAUCAUGCCCGUCUCUGAAGAGGUCCCGCUUUCCACCUUCACCUUGGAGCUCAAGCACGCCCUCUCCGCUAUCGGUCCCACACUGCUGCUUACCAGCGACAACAUCAAACAGCAACUUGGCGCAGCUGCUCUGGACAGCAUCCACGAGUACCGUCUGUCCAGUUGGCUAGGCCAGCAGGAAGACAUGCACCGCAUCGUGCUCUACCAGUCGGAUGGCAGCCUCACUCCCUGGACCCAGCGCUGCAUCCGGCAGGCUGACUGCAUCCUGAUCGUGGGCCUGGGGGAGCAGGAGCCGACUGCUGGGGAGCUGGAGCGAAUGCUGGAGAACACGGCCGUCCGGGCCCAGAAGCAGCUGAUCCUCCUGCACAGGGAGGAUGGCCCCCUCCCUUCACGCACCGUGGAGUGGCUGAACAUGCGGAGCUGGUGCUCAGCCCACCUCCACCUCCGCUGCCCCCGGCGUGUCUUCUCCCGGCGGAGCCUGCCCAAGCUGAAAGAACUGUACGAGCGCGUCUUUCAGAAGCCUCCGGACAGGCACUCGGACUUCUCCCGGCUGGCUCGUGUCCUCACAGGGAAUGCCGUGGCUUUGGUGCUUGGAGGUGGAGGGGCACGGGGGUGCUCCCAGGUGGGCAUCAUCCGGGCGCUGAACGAAGCGGGCAUCCCCAUCGACAUGAUUGGUGGCACAUCCAUCGGAGCCUUCAUGGGGGCGCUGUAUGCCGAGGAGCGCAGCUACACGCAGAUGCGGAUCAGGGCCAGGCAGUGGGCCAUGAAUAUGAACUCUGUGUUCAGAACAGUCCUCGACCUGACGUACCCCAUCACCUCCAUGUUCUCCGGAGCCUUCUUCAACAGCGGCAUAUGUGACAUUUUCAAAGACAAGCAGAUCGAGGAUCUCUGGAUCCCCUACUUCACCAUCACGACGGACAUCACGGCCUCGGCUAUGAGGGUCCACACCGAUGGCUGCUUGUGGCGGUACAUCCGGGCCAGCAUGUCUCUCUCAGGCUACCUGCCCCCACUCUGUGAUCCCAAGGACGGGCACCUGCUGAUGGACGGCGGGUACAUCAACAAUCUCCCAGCGGACGUGGCAAGGUCUACGGGGGCGAAAGUGGUCAUCGCCAUCGACGUGGGGAGCAGAGACGAGACAAACCUCACCAAUUACGGCGAUGCCCUUUCUGGCUGGUGGCUGCUGUGGAAGCGGUGGAACCCCCUGGUUGAGAAAGUGAAGGUGCUGAACAUGGCGGAGAUCCAGACCCGCCUCGCCUACGUGUGCUGCGUCCGGCAGCUGGAGAUGGUGAAGAGCAGCGACUACUGCGAGUACAUCCGGCCCCCCAUUGACCGCUACGGCACCCUGGACUUCGGGAAGUUCGACGAGAUCUGCGAAGUGGGUUACCAGCACGGCAAGACGGUGUUCAGCGUUUGGUGCAGAAGCGGCGUCCUGGACAAGAUGCUGAAAGACCGCCAGGAGCUCUGCAAAACCAAGCCUUCCUACCUCAUCAGCUGCCCCACCACCUCUUUCACGGACCUGGCCGAAAUCGUCUCCCGCAUCGAGCCGGUGAAGCCUGUCGUGGUCGAUGAUGAAUCCGACUAUCAGACGGAGUACGAGGAGGAGGUUCUCGGGAGCCAGCGGGACGACUACGUCAAUUUCCUGAGCAACCAGGCUGAGGAGGACUCCGAUUCUGAUCGGGAAGUCCGGCUCCGGAAGCGGGCCAGUGCCAACAGCCAAGAUGGCCAGCUCACCACCGAUCGGAGCAGCUGAGCGACCCUUGGGGAGCCAGGCCAGUCGCCACCACCCCUCCCGUUGCAGCCUUCCCCAGAAGUGACGCCACAGCACCUGUCUUUUCUCUUUCUGCCACGCCAGCCGCCGGGGUGGCCAGAGGAUGAGGGCUGCAGGCACGACGGGAGCGCCUCCUUGGCCCCCUCCGGCCCCCAAGGCCCACCCCUCUUCCUGGGGGCAGCUGUGCGGAGGCGUUCAGCCGGGUGGAUUGGCCCACGUGCCUCCUGGGGCCAGGGAGCUCAGGAUGGUCUUCUCCUUGCUGUGUGGACCGGAGGAGGCCUCUGUGUGCGUGGCGUCCGGAGCAGAGGGGGCAACUUUGGAGGGCCUCGUUCUGUGCCCCCCCCCCGGCUUAUUUCACUCCCGCCCAGGGUCUGCAGCAUGCACUGCCGAUUAGCAGGGAGCCUGAACGUUUGGCAGGCGAGCUACUCGGGUGCUCCUCGCUCGCCUCCAGUAACGAAGCCAUCUCUCCAGUGCGGACUUGUGCAAUAACGAUGCAACACCUUCCCCAGGCUGGCUGCCUCCGCUUCUGCUGCAGCGGCCAGGCCAACGGAGGAGAGCCUUCCCUUCCCUGCCCUGCCCUGCCCUUCCCUUCCCUUCCCUGCCCUUCCCUUCCCUUCC